AUGGCCAAGUUGAUCAUGGCGACCCGCGCUCCGGAGACGAUUGGGUUCCCUGCGAUCCUCAAUGAGAUGUUGAGGAGGGUGCACUACACUUUUCAGCCCGAGUAUGAGGUCUACGCUAGUGGUUAUGGAGUCGGAUUGGUGGACUACAUGGGGACCCUCCACCUUGAGGCAAGGAUGGUGGUGGGGGUAGUGAAGUACGACUUCCACGCUUGUGGUACCUCGGUGGAGAUGGUCAUUCAAGAGGUGGCACGUGAAGCCAUCACCCGCCUUCACCACGAGCACCGCGAGCUUUGGGAGGCUCCUUUCACUUACCUCCCGGUGCGGGGACCCGAGGCUCCCAUUGCUCACGUUGUCUCGCCUCCGGCUGGGCCUUACACCUUGGAGAAGGGCAUGGUGGACACCGUUUCCGCCUAUGAGAUGGCGCACCGGAGUUUGGGUAUCAUGGACAUCAAGAAAAAUGAAUUACUCAAUCUCACUCAAGGUCAUCAGGAUGUAAUGUCUUAUGUCAAUGCCUUCAACGCUCUCUCUCAAUAUGCACCCGACGAAGUGUCCACCGAUGCUAAGAAGCGGGAGAGGUUUUAUGACGGCCUCUCGGAGGAAUUGCAAGACAAGCUCUCUACCACCAAGUUUGAUGACUUCAAUGACUUGGUGAAUAUUGUUAUUCACACUGAACAUAAGAUGAAGAGACUUGAGGCCAAGAACAAGCGUUCCGCUCCUAACUCGGCAGGAGGAGAUGGUGGUGAUUCAGGUGCUGCAGAGGGAGAUAAGGAUGAGGGUGAUGAUGAUGACUCUGAUGCACCAGGAGAUGACGACAACGAUCCAGAUGAUGAUCCAGAGCCAGCCGGCGCCACAAACCCACCGCCACCUGAGCCACGCUAUGAGAAGCAGAUACUUCACUUGGACUCUGCGGAGGGACCACUCCCCGCGCUUCUCUGGAGGGCUAUGCAGAGGAUUGGUUUUCCGUGGAAGCCGCAUUAUGAGGCUCACUUGUUCAGGAAUGCCCAGCAGGAGGAAGAAUGGAAGUUCAAGGCAGAGUUGCAACAACUUAUGGCACUGCCGCCUCCUUGCUUGGCCACAGCGGCAAAAGCUCCAGAAGUGGCUGCCGCCAAAAUGAUGGUGGCCACCGAUCGUGGGGAUUGCCAGCGCCUGAAAGAACUGGUGAACAAGGAGGAUGCUACUACAAUGGUGGUGGUAAUGUCUAGGAAAGAAGCACCGGCCAAGAAGCACACACCAGCGAGCAUGCAUCCGCUGCUAGCAGAGGCAGCAUGCACAGGCAACUGGGAAGAAAUUAACUUUCUUCUCGAGGGGGAAGACCUGCAAGAAGGGCAUUCAAGUAAGAGUAAGACUCGUAGCCAAAAGUUUCUUGACAAGCUAGCGGCAUAUACCUCAGGGCCAGCUGCUACUGACGUGGAAGAAGGCAUCGACGCAGUGUCACUUCUGAAGGGUGUUACCGUGGAGGGAGACACCGCACUACAUUUGGUGGCAGCCAAUGGGGAGGGCAACAACUUCGUGGAGUGUGCCGACCUCAUCCACGGCAAGGAUAAAGGCUUGCUGUCCAGGCAAAACUACAAGGGCGACACGCCACUGCACUGCGCUGCAAGGGCAGGGACGAAGUCCCAAAUGGUCUCUCAUCUUAUUGAUCUAGCAACUGGCGACAAUAUAGUUAAAGACCUCGUAAGACAAGAGAACAAUAGUAAUGAGACCGUCUUGCAUGUGGCUAUCCGUAAUGGGGCUCAUGAAUUGGUCGAUGAUUUAUUGAAAGUCGAUCCAAACUUGGCUUGUUUUCCCCAACAAGGCACUUCGCCACUGUAUCUAGCAAUCCUACUGGAACACGAGACCAUUGCGCAGACGCUGUAUGAGAAAAGUGAAAAUAAUGUUCUCUCCUAUUCCGGCCCAAAUGGACAAAAUGCAUUGCAUGCUGCGGUUCUGCGAGGCCCAGAGGUUACAAGAAAGUUAUUGAAAUGGAACGAGAAUAAGGACCUUACAACAGGAAGGGAUGCAAAUGGUAGUACGCCACUUCACUUUGCAGCAGGCCUGGGAGGGGCAGGAAAGCAAGGAAGCGCGUGUGCACAAGUGUUUGACGCCACCACAUCUGUACUCUACCAACCGGACAACGAUGGAUUAUCGCCCAUACACGUGGCGGCCGCUGCGAGAGUGGCUGAAGAUCCCAUUGCCAAGUUCGUGAGCAAAUGUCCCAGUAGCGCCGGUUUGCGUGACGCUAAGGGGAGGACGUUCCUUCAUGUUGCUGUCGAGAAGAAGAAUGAGAGCGUGGUCAGAUAUGCCUGCAAUAUGGAUCGAUCUCUAGCAUGGGUUCUGAAUAUGCAGGACAACCAAGGGAACACUGCACUGCACCUGGCUGUAAAAGAUGCAAGCCUUGAUAUAUUUCUUCCUCUGUUUGGGAAUAGGCAAGUCAACUUGAAUUUAACAAAUGAGGACGGGCAAACUCCUCUAGACAUAGCGCGGUAUAAUAUCCGCCCUUCUUUCUAUGAUCAUGAGGCGAACACUGAAGUCUGGAUACAUAGGGCUCUCAAAAUUGCCGGGGCUAGAGGAGGUGCAUCUCGCGAGGACCAUUUUGAUGAAAACUAUGAAGAUCGUCAUGGAGUAAAGACGAACUACGCAGAAAAAGAGCUGGAGAUGCUGAAGGAUUCGACACAGUUCCAAUCCAUUGGACCGGUUCUAAUAGCCACCGUGACGUUCGGUGCGAUGUUUGCCUUGCCUGGUGGUUACAGAGCUGAUGGUAGCGAUUACGGAGGUACUCCUACACUCGCUGGGACGUUUGCCUUCCAUGCAUUCAUGGUAACCAACACAUUGGCUUUCAUCUGUUCCACGAUUGCUACACUUGCUUCCAUGUAUGCGGGGUCUGCAAGGCUUAACUUGGAGAGACGCAAGGCCCACUUUAACAACAGCAUAAGAUAUAUGCAUAAUUCCAUCAUGGCCUUGGCGGCUACCUUUGCACUCGGUGUGUACACGGUGCUAUCUCCUGUGGAUCAAAAGACUGCCAUUGGGAUCUGUGUCAUGAGUCCUCUUGUGGUGCUAUACAACUUCAAGGACUUUUGGCUGAAUUGGGCCCGUUUUGCAAUGCCAUUGUUUGUUAGGAAAGGGGCAAUCUGGAUAUUGCGGGUGUAUACGAGGGUAAUCCUGCAACACAUGCUCACUGUAUCUUGGUUCAUUAUAGUGUUUGUUUUGGCCUUCAAUGUAAGGGACCAUCCCAUUUCAAAGGCGGUAUCACCAGCACAAGCUCCAGCCACGUUUGCUUGAAGACAGCUGAUGAAUAUCAUCAUCGAUCGUGUGGCGUGUCUCCACUCUUCAUAAUUAUUUUCUAUUUUGAAAAUCCCCUCAGUGUACUCUUCAUAAGACUUUCAGCUCAAUACUGUGAUUUAAAGCUGUGAACGAA